AUGGCCGAAAGUAUGCCAUCGAGUGGCCGAUCGUCGACCCCAUUGUCCAAAGAGGGGAACUCAGUCAUAGAGAGUCUGUUGGGCGACAAAUGCCAAUCGCUAUUGACAGCAGUCGUACAGUUGUUGGCGUGUGAGCUGUCCGACUGCAAGGUAUUGUUCCAGACAUUGGUCACGAGGGUCGGUACGGUCGGCCUUAACUUCGCCCAUCCAGAAGAGGCCAACAAUUUCUACGAUACGGUGCGCACACAACUGGCCACUGAAAUUAAACGCAAGACAUGGCCGGCCAUCGAAACGAUUAAUAUCGGCGGCAAUAUUAUAUUAAAGUGGAUCACCAAGGCAGCUAAGGCAUUGAUGCCAACGGGAAAGCCUACGAUUAGUGGGCCGACAAACUUGAUACGAGUGCAGAGAAUCUCGCAUAUAGAGGGCACAGGCCUGGCCUGCAAUGCCGAUACCGUACCAGUGCUACACCAAUACCUGAAAGGGAAAGGCAUUUGCCCGCAACAAUUGGCGGCUAACAGCGGAUUAAUCGCAGAGUUAAAGGUUAGAGUUAAUCAUAGAGGAGUGGCGGGCAGUAGUAAUACCGGGAGUCGCCAUACCGUUCCUCUCAAUGAGGAAACGCCGCCAACUAAUGAUUCAAAUGUAGCCCUAAGACCAAAGGUGAGGGGAACGGGACUCGUCGCGGAUAAGCAGUUCCGGAGUAUACCGGAACUCCCGAUCUUCAGACAUGGGGACAGGAGUCCGGUUCUCGGUUUUCCUACUGAUCCAUACAGUGAUGAGAGCACCUACUGGCCGGACGGGUACCAUCAACUCACUCUAAAAGGGAAGCAAAGGAUGUAUUCUUUGGGUCGAUAUAUCCGCCGACGAUAUGACAACUUUUUGGGUGACUCUCCCCGAGAGGUGUAUAUCAGGAGCUCCGGGAAGGACAGGUGUCUGGAGAGUGCGGCCCUCGUAAUGGCCGGACUCUACCCACCAAAGGGUCGGUGGGCUUGGGAUUCAACAUUGGGUCAACACUGGCAACCCUUUCCCAUACAAACGGUUGACUUUCCCAAAGACAGUAUGUUAAACCCGGACUCCGAGUGCCCGACCGCUCAGACAGAGAGCCAGAAAAUAAUGAAAUCAAAGACCGUUCAGGACUUUUAUAACAAAUAUAAGAAUUUAGUGAAAUUUAUUGAACAAAAAUCUGGUCUCAAAUUCAAUGAUUACGGCAUUGGCAGGGAUUUAUUCAACACACUUAGCAUACAAAAAGUGCAUAACUAUACCCUCCCGGAGUGGGUCAACCAAACAGUGUUAGACUGUUUGCAGGACUUCCACGAAAUGUCAUUUAUAUUCGAUUCGUCCACACCUUUGAUCCGAAGAUUGAGAGCCGGAGUACUUCUCAAAGAAAUAACCAAUCGUUUGAAGCAAUCAAUUAGUGCCGAGACAUCCAAAUACAAAGUGUUUCUCUACUCGACGCACGACACACAGCUAUCGGUGUUUUUGUCGGCGCUUAAUAUCUAUAACGGAAGGUCUCCUCCGUAUGGAUCGACUAUUUUUAUUGAAUUAUACGAAACCAAAUGCAGUGACAGUGAAAGGGCUCACAAACUGGAAGUCCAUUACCUGAAUGUCACGGAAUCGGAACAGACUCACAGAUUACCACUGAAUACAUGUUUGAUGUCCACAAACACAACCGGAUGUCAAUUGAAUGGAUUCUUGCACUCAAUUCAGAGCCUUAUUCCCAACGAUUGGCAAAAUGAAUGCAAACAAAGUUAUUUGAAAUCGCUUUUCAGGAAUGAACUCUAAAAUGAUACGAAAAUACUGUAGUUUGAC